CCCUCCUCUCGCUCCCCGACCGAUCCGCCAUGGCGGCGCCGCCGCAGCCACCUACCUUCCCCUCCGCUGCCGGUGUCGCGAGAGCCAUCUCUUCGAUGCAGGACACGCUCCUCGACGCGGCCUUCAAAGGCGACCUCCCCCUCCUCAAGAGGGUGGUGUGGGUGCUGGAUAACGGCAUGGGCUGCCCCAGGGAGGCGGUGGAGGCGGCGAGGACCGACGGCGGCUUUUCGGCGCUGCAGCUCGCCGCGGCCAACGAGCAGCUCGAGGUCUGCAGGUACCUGGCCGGGGUGCUGCGGGUCGAUGUCGAUGCUGCCGAUGACAAGGGUAGAACACCUCUUGUUUAUGCUGUGAUGAGUGAAAAGAUUGCUAUUGUCAAGUGUCUUCUUGAUCAUGGUGCUGAUCCCGACAAAGCUGAUGAGGCCGGGCUAACCCCUCUACAUUCUGCUGCUGGAAUAGGAGAUUGUGAAAUUAUAGAACUUUUGCUUGCAAAGGGAGCUUAUGUUGACCCAAUAGCUGAGGAGAUUGGGACACCGCUGCAUCUUGCUACUAAGGAACAACAAGUCGGUGCUAUGAAGACUUUAUUGAAGCAUAAUGCAUAUGAUGAAGAUGCGACUAUGGGGAAAAUAGCAAAGCUAAAGUCAUCUCCGAUUAAAGCAAUUGAGAAUAAAGAUUAUUUUUCUGCGACAAUGUGGUACACCAAGGUCAUAGAGCAUGACCCUAAUGAUGCAACCUUGUUCUCAAACAGGAGCCUCUGCUUGCUCCGCAUGGGUGACGGACAGAGGGCCUUGCUGGACGCUCUUGACUGCAGAGGAAUGCGGCCUGACUGGCCAAAGGCCUGCUACCGGCAGGGUGCAGCUUUGAUGUCACUGAAGGACUACAAGAACGCGUGCCAGGCCCUUCUUGAUGGACUCAAGUUGGACCCGGAGAAUGCCGAGGAGAUGGGAUGUGCAUUACGGGAAGCUAUGGAAUCUUUGAAGAUAUCGAAAGGCGACACCAAGGCAACAUGAGCUUGAGCUUGCACUUGUGCUGGAGAUAGAUGCAUGAAAACACCUCUCGUGAAAAAAGCCAUCCUCUUUUCAAGUCCUUCCCCGCCCGCAAAGUUUCUUUCGUGCACUAGUGUGGAGCCGCGCCCUCGAGAUGUUUGAGUAAUAACACCCUUAGAUGGAAGUGCAGUUUGUUAUCUUUACCGAGACAGGUCAUGUUGGUAGCAAAUGACUUGAAUUUUGGCUUGCUCUUAUACGCUAUCAUCUAUGCAUGUAUAUACGGAGGUAUGGAUCCCGGUGACGGUAUUAGAAGCUGACAUUUUAUACUCCCUUCAUCACAGUUUAGAAGGUGUGUAUGAACAAUCAAUCUCUAGGACCAAGGUGAAUCAUGAUUGGUUUUAA